GAGAGAGAGAGAGAGAGAGAGUGACUGUUCUUCUCCCAUGACGGACCCUGCCGGUCCAGAAGAACCGAACCGGGCUGGCGUUUGCAAUGACGAGAGCCCUCUAAAAUACGCUUUCGACUCGGGGUUCUUAUCCGGCGCACACCCUCCCGAUGCUCCGAAUAGCAUCGACGCCGAUGAUGGAAACUCUUCAAGUCUUCACGACUCUGACUCGGAGAGUUCCGACUCGGUCACCCACUCGAAACGGACGGCCGAUUUGGCCGCGAGUUUCCGAGUCUUCUCCGAGUCGAUGUUGAGAAUGGAGCUGGCAGAGCUGGAAAUGAUCAAGGCCAUGGAGGCUUCGAGGAUCGAAGCGGAGAAAAGACGAGUCGGGUUAGACAAUGAGUUGACUCAGAUGAUGUUGCAGACCCAGUUACAGAUUGCCUCGUUUCUUUCGCGGACGUGCACGAAUAGAAAGAGGAAGCGUUCCAGUGAAGAUGGGUUCUCAAGUUCCGGGAGAGAGGGAGCUAUGUUGCUGAGUUCAUUGCUGUGCAAUUUGAUCUGAUGGACUCUAUAGGUCAUAAAGUUGGGCUUGUGUGUGUGUACUAUGAAGGUUUUCAAGUGUAACAUUUAUUUCGUAAUAUACCCAUACCCAAUAUGACGAUUAUUGAUAAUUAUGAAUGAUGUAUAAACUUUAAACCAUGGAAAAAUGAUUGUUUAACAUUGUGAUAGGCGUAGAGUUUGACAUUGAAAUCUUGUGUUAUUUUUAUGCCGCCAUGAAAUUGAUACGCCCACGCCCUCCUGAAGUU